AUGGAUCAUCCAGAUGAACUUGUUCCCCACGUACUAAUCUUCCCUUUACCCAUUCAAAGUCCUGUGAAUAGUAUGCUGAAGCUAGCCGAACUUUUGUGCCUUGCUGGGCUUCACGUAACAUUCCUCAACACAAAGCACAACCACAAUCGUCUCCUGCGUUGCACGAAUAUUCACUCUCGUUUAGAUCAAUAUCAAGGAAGAUUCCACCUGGAAAACGUCGAUGAUGGCCUUCCAGAUGAAGAUCCUCGUACUGCUGAACAGUUUACAGAGAUUCUCGAUUCUUUGCAGAGUGUGGCUGAGCCUUUCUUAACUGAGGUACUGAGCGGUGAACGUUUUAGUUGUAACAGUAGUAAACGGCCUCCAGUUACAUGCAUCAUAGCCGAUGGAUUGUACUACUAUGUUCUUGAUGUUGCUGAGGAGAUGGGAAUCCCAUUCAUAUUUUUCGAAACCAUCAGCCCUUGUUGUCUGUGGGUUUACAUGUGCAUUCCCAAACUCAUUGAAACUGGUGAACUCCCCUUCAAAGGUAAUGACUUGGACGCAGAAGUAAAAAGCAUACCGGGCAUGGAAGGAUUGUUAAGGUGUCGCGAUCUUCCGGACUUCUGCAGGCGUGAUUGCAAGGCUGACCGUGGUGCCCAACUGGUGAUGGAAGAAAUUCGAAACAUUCCACGGGCGGCUGGGCUUAUACUGAAUACGUUUGAAGCCCUCGAAGGGCCCUUUCUUUCCCAUAUACAUUCUCAAGCUCCUAAUUUGUAUGCCAUUGGGCCGUUACAACUUCACCUGAAGACAAAACUUGCAGCUCAAUCCAGAGAACUACCAGCAGCUGUAUCAAACAGCUUCUGGGUAGAAGAUGCCAGUUGCCUAUGCUGGCUGGACAGCCAACCAUUGAAGACUGUAAUUUAUAUAAGCUUCGGAAGCCUCAAAAACAUAACGAAGGAUGAGUUUUUAGAAUUUUGGCAUGGAAUAGUAAACAGUGGACAAAGGUUCCUUUGGGUCAUCAGGCCAGGCUCUAUCAAUGGACAGAAGUUGGAGCAGCAUGAUGACUUCUUGAAGGAACUGAACGAAGAUACAAAAGAAAGGGGCCUGAUUUUGAGUUGGGUUCCACAAGAAGAGGUGAUAGGCCACCCGGCAAUUGGUGGAUUUCUAACUCAUAGUGGAUGGAACUCAACAUUGGAAAGCAUAAUUGCUGGAGUUCCAAUGAUUUGUUGGCCAUGCUAUGUGGAUCAGCAAGUGACUUCUAGGUUAGUGAGUGAAACUUGGACGCUCGGAUUGGACAUGAAAGAUACUUGUAACAGAUCCAUCAUUGAGAAAAUGGUUAGGGAUAUAAUUGAAAGAAGAUGUGUUUUUGAUCAAUGCGCAGACAAGUUGUCAAAGUUGGCCAGACAAAGUGUUGCGGCGGGUGGAUCAUCUCACAUUGAUUUGGACCGUCUCAUUGGAGACAUCAAAAAGUUGAGUCUCAAAGGAGAUACAAAUGCAAGUUUUCUUUCUUAG